CCCUUAUAUGACAUCUCAAAUCACACCUCACAACAAGCUGCACCGCAGCAACCUUAGUGAGAAGCUGAAGUACUGAUCCGAUCGAUCCAGUAUGGCAAACGCGCCGCCGAGGAUCUUGGCAGUCCUGGGGGCUCUCGGGCUAGCACUCCUCUGCGCUGCCGCCGUCCCGGCCGCCGCGCAGAACUGCGGCUGCCAGGCAGGUUACUGCUGCAGCAAGUUCGGUUACUGCGGCACGACGGACGACUACUGUGGCGACGGGUGCCAGUCGGGCCCGUGCCGCUCGAGCGGCAGCAGCAGUAGUGGUGGUGGGAACGUGGGUAGCGUUGUCACCGACGCAUUCUUCAACGGCAUCAAGAACCAGGCCGCGAGCGGGUGCGAGGGCAAGAACUUCUACACCAGGAGUGCGUUCCUGAGCGCCGCCAACUCGUACAAAAGCUUCGGUGGCGGGUCGGUGGCGGGCAAGCGCGAGAUCGCCGCUUUCUUCGCCCAUGUCACCCACGAGACCGGGCAUUUCUGCUACAUCAGCGAGAUCAACAAGAACAACGCCUACUGCGACUCGAGCAACAAGCAGUGGCCGUGCGCCGCGGGACAGAAGUACUACGGGCGCGGCCCGCUGCAAAUCUCGUGGAACUACAACUACGGGCCUGCCGGGAAGGCCAUCGGCUUCAACGGGCUCGCGAACCCGAACAAGGUGGCGCAGGACGCCGUGAUCGCGUUCAAGACGGCGCUCUGGUACUGGACGAACAACGUGCACGGGGUGAUGUCGCAGGGGUUCGGCGCCACCAUCAGGGCCAUCAACGGCGCCCUCGAGUGCAACGGCAAGAAUACUGCCCAGAUGAACGCGCGGGUGGGCUACUACAAGCAGUACUGCCGGCAGCUCGGCGUCGACCCCGGGCCCAACCUCACUUGCUAGGCGAGUGGCGUCGGCAGUCCUUGGAUGGCUCGUCCAGAAAAUGCAUGCUCGGCGUCGCACCCUCGCGAAACACAGAGUUUAGCGAGUACGAGCUAGCUAGUAGUAACAAUAAAACGCUGGGGCUGAGCCUGUUUGUUGCACCUUACUAAUAAUGAAGCAACUAUACCCUCGAAACAUUAGUGUGUACACUCGCGCUUGUACUUUACUACGAUUGCAUCAAGGGUUUAAAGACUAAAUCAAUAAACAGUGUCUGUGUCUAGGCGAGCUUCAA